GACGGCCCAAUGGCAAAAGAGUAAUUUCAGAGCAUAGCGCGGUUCAAGAUCUCAAUUUGAAUUCGCGCGACCCACAGCCAACGUAAAAUAAAACAAACUAGAUCUGAUUUCACAUUUGAAUUCCCAAACCCGCCAACCAACUCUUCUCGCUCUUUUCUUCUCUUUCUCACAAACCAAACACAAAACACGAUUCCAGUUUCUCUUCUCUUGAUUCUCGGGUAAACGUCCAUGUCUUCGUUUCUUUCUCGAGAAUCUGAACCCAAUUCACGUACUUUUUACUGCCGCAAAGAGAAAUCUCUCGGCCUUUUAUGCUCCAACUUCUUGGCGUUGUAUAACCAUGACAGCAUUCAAACGAUUGGACUUGACGAUGCCGCUUCAAAAUUAGGAGUUGAACGUCGUCGUAUAUAUGAUGUAGUGAAUAUAUUGGAGAGUAUUGGAGUUGUGGCGAGAAAAGGGAAGAACCAAUACUCAUGGAAGGGUUUUGGAGAAAUUCCGAGGGCUUUGGAGAAGCUUAAGGAAGAGGCUCUGAAAGAGAAUUUUUAUAUUUCUGGUUGCAACAAAUCAUUAAGGGUCUUAGAUGAAAAUGGAAGUAGAGGGUCCUUUAACUUGAAGAUUGAUGGGCAAGAUAAUCCUUCAGAAUCAUCAAAACAUAUCGCAUUACCAUUUGGAUGCUUAGAUACCAAAAGAGAAAAAUCUCUUUGGCUUAUCACGCAGAACUUUGUCAAGCUUUUCCUUUGUUCAGAUGCUGAAAUUAUCACUCUUGAUAGUGCUGCAGUUGCUUUGCUGGGUGAUGUCCACAAUUCAACUGCUAUGAGAACAAAAGUUAGACGAUUGUAUGACAUUGCCAAUGUGUUUUCUUCCAUGAAUUUAAUUGAGAAGACCCACCACCCCGAGAGCAGGAAACCGGCAUUUAGGUGGCUGGGAUGGGGAGCCAAACUUCGUAAUGGAUCAACGACAGCUUUGGCUUUGAAUGAAUCAAAGAAGAGGAUGUUUGGGACUGAGAUUACAAACCACAGUUUAAAGAGAAUGAAGGCAAACUCCUCAGUUCAUCGGAAGUUAAACCAGAAGGAAAAUAUGGCAAUGCACAUUAAACACGAGUGUGUAGAAAAUGAUAACAAAAUGAAGCAGCAUCUAAAGCAGAGCUCCAGAGGUUUUGUGUUCGGCCCUUUUACUCCUGGCGUUAUGCCCACAGGAUACAAAAAUGAGAGACCAGUUGGGGACUGGGAGAGCCUUGCUUCUACGUAUAAACCUCAAUAUCUUAAUCAAGCUCUUAGUGACCUCUUUGCUCAUUACAUGGAAGCAUGGAAGUCUUGGUAUGCAGAAGUUGCUGGAAAAGGAGAAACUCAUUUUAGUCCCUGAUCCUCUUCUCUGCUUUUCUAACUCAGGAUCACCAAACACACCAGUUCAAAAUGGAAAGCAAACAUUUUUUACAGGUCUAUGACACUUUGUUGGAUGUAUUUUCUCAAUCCAAGCCUCUCCCGUAAUUAAUUAAUCAUAACCUUUCACUUGAUGCAUUUCCUAAUUCUCUCCGUGAGCUUGCAGCUCCCCCCGUUACGUCUUUCAUUUUUUCUCGUUAGAAACUUGAACAUGCCACAAGUUCCUGACUUAAGUUUUGUAUCUAAGUUACAGAUUAAAGAAAGAAGAGAAUUAUUGUGAAUUUGACGGGUUUUUUUUCUUUUUUUGUUACAUUAGAGAAGUGAUGGAUUGAACUUCUUUUCCAGGUUCCUAAACAAUUUGCACUGAGAUUUGUGUUUCCCCCAACUUUUGUUAAUGAAUGGUCUCCAAUUCCUUUGUUCGGUAGUC